GGGCGCCGCCGUUGCCGGGCAGCUCCGUGUGGAGCGCGCGCGCGCGGGACUUUCGAGCGUCCGACCCGGGAGCUCCGGCCGCCAUGAGCCUUUGGGCCGACAAGUACCGGCCCUGCUCGCUGGCGCGGCUGGACUACCACCGGGAGCAGGCGGCCGGGCUGCGCAGCCUGGUACAGUGUGGUGACUUUCCUCAUUUGUUAGUGUAUGGUCCAUCAGGUGCUGGUAAAAAGACAAGAAUUAUGUGUAUUUUACGUGAACUUUAUGGUGUUGGAGUGGAAAAACUGAGAAUUGAACAUCAGACCAUCACAACUCCAUCUAAAAAGAAAAUUGAAAUUAGCACUAUUGCAAGCAAUUACCACCUUGAAGUUAAUCCCAGUGAUGCUGGAAAUAGUGACCGGGUAGUAAUUCAGGAGAUGUUGAAAACAGUGGCACAAUCACAGCAACUUGAAACAAACUCUCAAAGAGACUUUAAAGUGGUUUUGUUGACAGAGGUUGACAAACUCACCAGAGAUGCUCAACAUGCCUUGCGUAGAACCAUGGAAAAGUAUAUGUCUACCUGCAGAUUGAUCUUGUGUUGCAAUUCUACAUCUAAAGUGAUACCACCCAUUCGUAGUAGGUGUCUGGCAGUUCGUGUGCCUGCUCCCAGCAUUGAGGAAAUUUGCAAUGUUUUAUCUACUGUGUGCAAGAAGGAAGGUCUGAAUCUCCCUUCACAGCUGGCUCGUAGACUUGCAGAGAAGUCCUGCAGAAAUCUCAGAAAAGCAUUACUCAUGUGUGAAGCCUGCAGAGUGCAACAAUAUCCUUUUACUGAAGAUCAAGAAGUCCCUGAAACAGAUUGGGAGGUGUAUCUGAGGGAGACUGCCAAUGCUAUUGUCAGUCAGCAGACUCCACAGAGGCUCCUUGAAGUUCGCGGCAGACUCUAUGAGCUUUUAACUCAUUGUAUUCCUCCUGAAAUAAUAAUGAAGGGCCUUCUCUCAGAACUUUUACAUAAUUGUGAUGGACAACUGAAAGGAGAAGUGGCCCAGAUGGCAGCUUACUAUGAACAUCGUCUGCAGCUGGGUAGUAAAGCCAUUUAUCACUUGGAAGCAUUUGUGGCCAAAUUUAUGGCACUUUAUAAGAAGUUCAUGGAAGAUGGAUUGGAAGGCAUGAUGUUCUGACAUUUAUCAGUAGUUGUUCUUUAUAUGUCUCACUAUCAGUAUUUACAUUCAGUUUAUAUUGCAGGAGCUGUAGGUAAAAUAAACUUUACUUAAUCAUGUCCUUUUUUAAUUUCUCUGAACCAUUAACCAUUACUCUCUAAGUUAAAUAAUUAUUCCUAUGCUAUUGAAGUAUAUUUAAAGGACACAACUAGAAAUUUCAGAGUUUGUGAUUUUAUUUUAAAAAUUUGCUGUCCAAGUAUGCAAUGUUGAUCCUCCCAUUUUUCAUUUAAUCUCUCACCUGCUGAAGGAAAUUUGCACAUAGAAAAACAAAGAUUAGCGCAAAUCUUUGGGCUCAGUGGAUAGAGCAUCUGCCUGCAGACUGAAGAGUCUCAGGUUCUAUUCUGGUUAAGGUCACAUAUCUCUGUUGCAAGCUCUAUCCCUGGCCCCCUUUGGGUGUAUGCAGUCAUUAACCAAUCAAUGUGUCUCUCUCACAUUGAUGUUUCUGUGUCUCUUCCUCUCCCUUCCACUCUCU